AUCAGAAAAUACAGUAGCAAUUACUGCCUUGUCAAGGGAGUACACUCCAAAUGAUCCAAUUGCAUUAUCUACUGAGGGCCCCGGGAAAGUUGAAUAACGAGGAGCUCCCCCGCUCACGUAAGGCAUUUGAGCCUUAUUUGGUGGACGUGUAGUCACGCUCUCGUCCUAGCACAUCUCCUGUUUGCGUCUUUGAAAACCAUUUCAAGACGAGUUAACCUGGGUGUAAAAACCUAGAAGGCAAAUGAUACCAUCCCGUCCUUUGGUUUUGCCCCUGCCAGUGCCUUCGGACACUAUGAGGUCGGUCCCAGGUCCCGAUAUAAAAUACGAGCUGUUGACUCACAGUUCUACCAGAAGGGCCAAUUUCACAGACCGCCAGGAUAAAGAUGAUUUUAAUUAAAUCGCACAAAUCCCUUUGUGCUGCAACCAGAGCCCAGGCAGGCUGGCGGACUCUGAGCUGUUCUGGCAUGCAUAGAGUUAACCAGGUUACCGGGAUUCCUAGUUAACUUCUUUCACCAGGAAUGCAAUUCAUGUUUACCUAUAUAAGGAAACCUGUUAGGCUGACCUGAGUUUGGCAGAUUUUUGCGCUGACGGGGAGGCGUGUAAGCACACAGCCUGGAAAGGGGAGUGAUUCGGAGCUGGACAGAGCAAGCUUCCUGAACGCCCCGGCCAUUCAGCUGUUCCGAGGCAGCCUGCUCGGAGGACCCACAGGUUUGUCUCUUCCAGAUCACAGCUGAGGAACAAAAACCCCCGUCCUGGGAAAGAUGGGGAAGCCGAUAGCUGAUCAGCUUCCUUGGAUUUUGCUGAUGACCCAGGAGAGCUUUGCCUGAAGAUGGAAACACUGGAGUCGGAGCUGACCUGCCCUAUUUGUCUGGAGCUCUUUGAGGACCCUCUCCUGCUGCCCUGCGCACACAGCCUCUGCUUCAACUGUGCCCACCGCAUCCUGGUGUCGCACUGUGCCACCAACGAGUCCGUGGAGUCCAUCACCGCCUUCCAGUGCCCCACCUGCCGACAUGUCAUCACGCUCAGCCAGCGCGGUCUAGACGGACUCAAGCGCAACGUCACCCUGCAGAACAUCAUCGACAGGUUCCAGAAAGCGUCCGUGAGCGGGCCCAAUUCCCCCAGCGAGACCCGCCGGGAGCGGGCGUUCGACGCCAACACCAUGACCUCCGCCGAGAAAGUCCUCUGCCAGUUCUGUGACCAGGAUCCUGCCCAGGAUGCUGUGAAGACCUGUGUCACUUGCGAAGUGUCCUACUGUGAUGAGUGCCUGAAAGCCACUCACCCAAACAAGAAGCCCUUUACAGGGCAUCGUCUGAUUGAGCCAAUUCCGGACUCGCACAUCCGGGGGCUGAUGUGCCUGGAGCACGAGGAUGAGAAGGUGAAUAUGUACUGUGUGACCGAUGACCAGUUAAUCUGUGCCUUGUGUAAACUGGUUGGGCGGCACCGAGAUCAUCAGGUGGCAGCUUUGAGUGAACGCUAUGACAAGUUGAAGCAAAACUUAGAGAGCAACCUCACCAACCUUAUUAAGAGGAACACGGAACUGGAGACCCUCUUGGCGAAACUCAUCCAAACCUGCCAGCACGUGGAGGUCAAUGCAUCACGUCAAGAAGCCAAAUUGAUGGAGGAGUGUGAUCUUCUCAUUGAGAUCAUUCAACAAAGACGACAAAUUAUUGGAACCAAGAUCAAAGAAGGGAAGGUGAUGAGGCUCCGCAAACUGGCUCAGCAGAUUGCAAACUGCAAGCAGUGCAUUGAGCGGUCGGCAUCACUUAUCUCCCAAGCGGAACACUCUCUGAAGGAGAACGAUCAUGCGCGCUUCCUACAGACGGCGAAGAAUAUCACUGAGAGAGUCUCCAUGGCAACUGCAUCAUCCCAGGUCCUAAUUCCUGAAAUCAACCUCAAUGACACCUUUGACACCUUUGCCUUAGAUUUUUCCCGAGAGAAGAAGUUGCUAGAAUGUCUGGAUUACCUUACAGCUCCCAACCCUCCCACAAUUAGAGAAGAGCUCUGCACAGCUUCCUAUGACACCAUCACCGUUCACUGGACGUCCGAUGAUGAAUUCAGUGUGGUUUCCUAUGAGCUCCAAUACACCAUAUUCACCGGACAAGCCAAUGUCGUUAGUCUGUGUAACUCUGCCGACAGCUGGAUGAUCGUGCCCAACAUCAAGCAGAACCACUACACCGUUCACGGUCUGCAGAGCGGCACCAAGUACAUCUUCAUCGUCAAGGCCAUCAACCAGGCGGGCAGCCGCAGCAGCGAGCCUGGGAAGUUGAAGACAAACAGCCAACCAUUUAAACUGGACCCCAAAUCUGCACAUCGGAAGCUGAAGGUGUCCCACGAUAACUUGACAGUAGAACGUGAUGAGUCAUCAUCCAAAAAGAGUCACACGCCUGAACGCUUCACCAGCCAAGGGAGCUAUGGUGUCGCUGGAAACGUGUUCAUUGAUAGCGGUCGGCAUUACUGGGAGGUGGUCAUAAGUGGAAGCACAUGGUAUGCCAUCGGCCUUGCUUACAAAUCGGCCCCAAAGCACGAGUGGAUCGGCAAGAACUCUGCUUCCUGGGCACUGUGUCGCUGUCACAAUAACUGGGUGGUGAGACACAACAGCAAGGAAACCCCCAUCGAGCCGGCCCCCCAUCUCCGGCGCGUCGGCAUCCUGCUGGACUAUGAUAAUGGUUCCAUCGCUUUCUACGAUGCUUUGAACUCCAUCCACCUCUACACCUUCGACAUCACGUUCUCGCAGCCUGUGUGCCCCACCUUCACGCUGUGGAACAAGUGUUUGACCAUUAUAACUGGCCUUCCGAUCCCAGACCAUCUGGACUGCACAGAGCAGCUGCCGUGAGCGCUGGGCCAUGUGGAGCUGAUUUCUGGGGGAUUAAAAAGGGCCGUGGCCACCAUUUCAGGGACCGAGAAAGCACAGGCUUCCAGAGUGUGAUUAAUCUCGCCAAAAAGUGUCCAGAAAUCGGCUAGGAUAGGACUCAAAAUAGGCGAUUCUCCCCCUUUGCUGUCUUUUGUAUUAAGUACAUGCUUUAAUAAUUUCUUCAAGUUUUUUUGUAUCUACAGGAAAAAUUAUAGAUUAUUUAUAAAAGAAACAUAACCGGAAUUCCAACUCUUAGAAAGUAUUUGGUUUUGCACAUUAAGAGGCCCAGAAGCGUACGGGCUCUUCACAACAGCCUUCGUCUCGUCACGCUCUGUGGGCUGGAGGAAAAACUCUUGUAGUUUUGUGUGCUUAUCCACCUUCUCACAUCCUCAUAUCUCAUACCGAUCCCCUUGUAGGUCCUGUCGCCCUGACAGUGCAUAAUAGAAUAUGCAAGUAUCUUAAAAAUAAAACAUAGCUUUGAACCUAGUAGGGCAGUAAACGGGCUUUCUUACUGUGGUUUAUUUCGAAGUGUUUUAACUGUGAUGUCAAAAACUUACUGGCUCAACCGGAACGGAGAGCAAAAGAGAGAAUUGAAUGAAUUGACUCUGGAGCUUGGACUCCACCAUGGCCCAGUCUUUAAUCACCCUCCAAUGGCUGGUGGGGUAAUGUUGGAAAGAAAGGUUGUGAAGCCUUUGGCCAUGUGUGACCUUACCUUUCCCAGGAUUCAGGAUUCUGGGAGAACAUUAAGAAUUGAGAUUGCAAUUGAGAAUAGUCUCUUUGAAUCCUACUGAUUUUUCAAAACGUCUGAGGCUGAUUUGUCUUUGAUCAGAAGUAGGGUUCGGUUUCAUGACCGAAUAAGUCUAUUUCGUUCUUCCUUUUAGUAGUGUCUUUAGGCCUGUGACAUUGCUUUACUACAUUUAAUAGCCGUCCUAUCUCCCUCUCCCCCAAAUCAUUUUUCUUCGCUGGCUGGGGCUGAGGGAAUAAACAUUUUCUGUUACAAAUGGCAGCACCACUUUGGAUUGACUUUGCUCUCCAGGACAUCAACACAUGGCCCUGACUGUCUCUACCACGUCCAAAUAUAACUCACCCGAAAAACACUUAAUAUUUAUGAGUUGGUAAUGACAAGGGACGUUGCGUAAAGUACUAUUUACUGGUACACGUGCCUCGAAAGUUAUAAAAAGACUUUUAUUAAACACAUCUUGAAAGAUGUAGAGGACCCUCUGUGUUCUAGCAUAGUUUACGAUAGAGUUGUGAAACAAAAAACAAAACAAAACAAAAAAACAAAAAACAAAAAACACGCAAAAAAAAAUCAAACUAUUGCCGCGCUGGAACCUGCUAAUAGAACCAGCUAAUAAGCUGUCAGGUGGGAUUCUGGGCAUGCUGAUCUGGUAAGAUGGAACGGUCCAUGAAGUAAGGCUUUCUUAAGCAGUCGUUGGACCCGGACCAGGAAUCUGGCAUUGGUUCUAUCUUGACGAAGGGCAUGAUACCUGUAAGUCAUUUCAUUUGCUAAUGUAUUGAUCUGAACUACUGGGUUGGCCAUUUUGACUGAACAGACUGAUGAAUUUAAGCAUUGCUUUUUAGCAAUUUCGUUGUUAACCAAAUCAACCAAUUGCCUCCCUGAAAUCCGUCCACAGACCCACUGUUUUCAGCAUCACGUCACGUGACUGCGAGCCCGGACCCCGUGGGCCACGUCAUGGGUGUUUCUGUCCCCUUCACUGGCAGACACUCUCCUUUUUCGUAACAGAUAGAGUUUAUAUAUUUACUAUAUUAUUUAUACCCAGAUGAAUAUUUUGAUAGCUACUUAGGACAAUUUCACAUCUAACAGAUGGACACCUCAAUGGAAAAAAAAAAUAAUCAUUCUCUGGAAACGAUGUUUUUGGUUUUUUUUUACAACAUAAAACAAUGUGUAUUUGCCUUCCUGGACAAACUGAAAGGGUUGUAAUUUUUACAUACUGUUUUGGUAGCUGGAUAAUGGAUAUUUUAAUGCACUUUGUACACCAACAGGUUUUAAAUAAAAGGGUCUAAAACUCA